UUGGAUCGCCCCUCCUCCCAAUGGAAAGAAAGAGAGAAAAAGAGAGAGAGAGUGUUUCCCAUCAGCUUCAUCAUCUACACAUCUACUCAUCUGCUUUCGUGAAUUCCUACGGAUACCUGGUUUGAGAAGAUGGAAGCCGUCUGUUUGUUUUUGUUAAAAGCAAUGUCAUGCUAGCAUCACCUCAACAGCAAAGAGAAAACUGAACAAUCCCACAAACCCCUUGGCGUCCCAAAUCAGAGCCAGCCAUGGCGAAAGGAUAUUACAUCAGCAAAAAUAUGGCCACUGCAGCCAUGGUAUUGGCCACAAUAGCCUUAUUGACAAUCAUUGCAUUAUCCAUCGUUUACAAUCGAGAAAAGUCGAAAAACGCAGCAAAAUUGAAUGUUACCACAUCCAUGGUACCUUCCACUCCAACUUCAAAUGAACUGUGGGAUAAGUACAGACUGCCUGAUACAUUGGCUCCUCGGCACUACAAUGUGACUCUUUGGCCCCAUUUGGUAAUGGAUCCCAACGGGAUGUAUGUUUUUACUGGGAACUCUAGUGUGAUGUUUACUUGUCUGAAAAAGACAGACUUGAUAUUAAUCCACUCCAACAAACUGAACUUGACACUAUUUAAUGGGCACCAUGCAAAGCUAAUGGGACUUGAUGGUGUAACAGCUCCAGCCAUUAAGACAACAUGGUUUCAGACAGAGACGCAUUAUUUGGUGAUUAAGCUGAAUGGAAAUUUGAAGCCUGGGAAGUCCUACUGGCUGUAUACGGAGUUCAGAGGAGAGCUGGCCGAUGACCUGGAAGGCUUCUACAGGAGUGAAUAUAUGGAAGAUGGCAGAAAAAAAAUCAUUGCCAUUACUCAGAUGCAGGCCACCUACGCUAGAAAAGCUUUCCCGUGUUUUGACGAACCUGCCAUGAAGGCUGUGUUUCAUAUUACUCUCAUUCAUGACCCUGAAACCAUUGCACUGUCCAACGGCCAAGAAAUCAAGACAGAGAAUCUGAAUAUCGAUGGAAUUACAGUUACCAGGACGACAUUUGAACCCACAAAAAAGAUGUCAACCUAUCUAGUUGCAUUCGUCGUCAGUGAUUUUACGUACAUCAACACUAAAGACAAAAAGGGUGUUUUGGUUAGAAUAUGGGCGCGGAAAAAGGCCAUUGAAGAGGGACAAGGAAAUUACGCGCUUAACAUCACACAGCCAAUAUUGGAGUUCUUUGAGAAAUAUUACAACACCAGCUAUCCACUAUCCAAGUCAGACCAGAUUGCUUUGCCUGACUUUAAAUCCGGAGCAAUGGAGAACUGGGGUCUUGUCACGUACAGAGAGACGGCCCUUCUCUACGAUGCCCACACAUCUGCCAAUGGCAACAAACAGAGGAUUGUGACUGUGGUUUCUCAUGAACUGGCUCACAUGUGGUUUGGAAAUCUUGUGACGCUGAAAUGGUGGAACGACCUAUGGUUGAACGAAGGGUUCGCAUCGUACGUGGAGUAUCUGGGCGCCGAUCACGCAGAGCCCAGCUGGAACAUUAAAGACCAGGUAAUUCUAUAUGACCUGCAAAGAGCAUUUGCUGUGGAUAGCCUGACAACUUCUCAUCCCCUCUCCCGGAAGGAGGAAGAGGUCAACACGCCCUCAGAAAUAAGCGAAAUGUUCAACACCAUAUCCUACAGCAAGGGAGCGGCGGUUCUUCGAAUGCUCUCUGAGUUCCUGACAGAGCAUGUGUUUGCCAAGGGACUCAGUAAUUACCUCAAGCAGUUUGCGUUUGGAAGCUCUGUGCAUUCCGAUCUUUGGGACCAUCUUCAAAAGGCAGCUGACCAAACUUCAGGUGUUAAAUUACCACGGAAUGUUCAUGACAUCAUGAAUCGCUGGAUACUACAGAUGGGUUUACCCGUCAUCACGAUUGAUACCCGGAACGGCAACGUCAGUCAGAAACACUUCCUGCUGGACUCACAGGCAGUGGUGGAACGCAAAUCUGAAUUCAAUUACGAAUGGUUUGUGCCAAUCAAAUGGAUGAAAAACGGCCAAGUGGAGGAUCAGCUGUGGCUUCUACAGAAAUCAGCCAUACACAAACCCAUGAAGGUCAGCCGAGGGGAGUGGGUGCUGGCUAACCUUCAUGCGUCCGGAUACUUCAGAGUGAACUAUGACCUUGAGAACUGGGAGCGCCUUCUCAGCCAGCUGGAGUCAAACCACCAGAUAAUACCAGUGGUGAACAGAGCUCAACUUCUGGAUGAUGCAUUUAAUGUAGCAAGAGCGUCUAUUAUAAACAUUACACUUGCCCUGAGGACAACAAAAUAUCUCUUGUAUGAGCGGGAAUACAUUCCAUGGCAGGCGGCUUUGAGGAAUCUGAACUACUUUUUCCAACUGUUUGACCGGAGUGAGGUUUAUGGCGCCAUGCAGGCAUAUGUCAAGAAACAAGUCAAACCUCUAUUUAAGCAUUUCGGGACUCUCACUUCGAACUGGACGACGGUGCCUUCCGGCCACACAGACCAGUUCACGCAGAUCAUUGCGUUGUCUCUAGCCUGCAGUACUGGUGUGGAGGGUUGUAGAGAUCUCACAAAAAGCUGGUUUAGAAGGUGGAUGCAGAAUCCUCAUAAGAACACGAUUCAUCCCAACCUGAGGUCCACGGUGUACUGUAACGCCAUUGCUGAGGGCGGCGCUGAGGAGUGGGAUUUUGGCUGGAAGAUGCUCCAGAAUGCAACAGUUGCAGCAGAAGCUGUGAAACUGAGAUCUGCUCUGGCCUGCACCCAAGUGCCCUGGUUACUCAACAGGUAUCUGGAAUACACUCUAUACCCCGAAAAGAUUCGCAAGCAAGAUGCGACUUCCACCAUCGGGUACAUUGCCAGUAACGUUAUCGGUCAACCGUUAGCAUGGGACUUUGUCCAAGCAAACUGGGACUAUAUCUUCAAAGUGUACGGCGCUGGAUCUUUCACGUUCUCCAGACUCAUUGGUGACAUCACUUACAGAUUCUGCACAUCAUUUGAGCUCAGCCAGCUGAAACGGUUCCAAAAGGACAAUGCUGAGACUGGGUUCGGCUCUGGAACUCAAGCACUGCAGCAGGCUAUCGAAAGGACAACGGCCAAGAUUAAAUGGCUGGCAGAGAACAAGGAACCAGUGCUGCGGUGGUUCAUCUCAGAAUCUGCGUAAAUGUCACGUCUGCAGCGUGAGCUUGUUCAUUGCGAUUUCUGCUCUUGCACUUGAAUUCAAAGGGACACAGCAACUGUCUAGUCAAAACGGUCCUUAUUUACUUACUCUUAUAUUGUUUGGUAUAAUAAGAAAUGUUCCGGAGAAUCUUUGUGUGUAUUGUGACAAGAUUUCAUUCUGAACUUGAGGAUGAUAAUUGAUGCUUAUAACAAUUUUUUAUCCAAGGCAAUUGGAAAUACGUGUAUCACAAGGACAAACCUUUUGGAGAAACCUGCGAUCAAGUGCCUUUCUCAAGAAAGUUGUUAAUGAUCUGCCCCUAAUUGGUUUUGAAUGUUCAACCUCUCGGUUACCGGACCAUUAGGCCAUAUCACCCUGACACAAGAAAAGAGGAAUUUACUUACAAAUGACUCUCUGAGAUCUGGAAACUAUUUCAUAACUGUACUGUAUAAAUGUAUGUAAAAUUGUGGUCUUAUCAUGAUGUCGGUACUAUGACCGAACAUUUCACUUGUUUAUAUGCCACUGUUAACAAAAUACAGGCCAAUUACAUACCAUGAAAAUGACAUAUUUUGAUACAUGUAUUUUUACACCUGUUUAUGUUGAAUAAAUAUAGAGUUUUCAUUUAA